CCUCACUUUAAUACACUUUCAACACUCCUAUAUUUUUCAGGGAAAAAACAGCCCAAACCCAAAGCUACCUCGUCUUCUUUCAAAGAACCCCUCUCUCUGAUCAUCAUCUCUUCAUCAUCAAUUUGGGAAAACCCUAUCUUUCUAUUUCAAUCGGUCUUUUCAAAAUGGGUGUCUUUUUUUAGGCUUUGUUUCCCUUAAAUCUCAACCCUAGAGGAGGGUUUUUCUUUUUAACAUUUCUUUUGGAAAAUUUUCAUAUUUGGGUGUUUGGGGCUUUUUAAUCCAUGGCUGCCGGUGCUGAGAUGUCUGGUGAGGCAGUGCCCGCCGUUCCAUCUUCCAAGAAUUCCGAUUCGAAAUCGGAAUUCGGAGCAGGAAUGCAAUCGAUGAUCGUUGAUAUGUUGUCCAAUUUAAAGUUAAAUCCAUUGGCCAAGGAGUUUUUCCCUUCAUCAUACUCUCAUGAUCAUUUGAUUCCUACUGAUUUUUCUAAGGAUUCCCCCAAUGAUGCCUACCCAAAUAAUCGCAGGAGAAGAAAUAAUUAUAACCAAGGAAGGAGGAGGUUGAGUGGGAGAGCAUUUAGGGCUCAACGUGAAGAUAGUAUUCGCCGCACUGUGUAUGUUUCUGAUAUUGAUCAGCAUGUCACUGAGGAGCGGCUUGCUGCCUUAUUUAGUAGCUGUGGACAAGUUGUUGAUUGUCGAGUUUGUGGUGAUCCGCAUUCAGUUCUUCGUUUUGCAUUUGUGGAGUUUGCUGAUGAGCAUGGUGCGAGAGCAGCAUUAAACCUUGGUGGGACAAUGCUAGGUUACUAUCCAGUUAGGGUCUUACCUUCAAAGACUGCUAUCCUUCCUGUGAAUCCUACAUUCCUCCCCAGGUCAGAGGAUGAGCGGGAAAUGUGUGCUAGGACUGUCUAUUGUACAAAUAUUGAUAAGAAGGUUUCUCAGGCUGAGGUCAAGAACUUCUUUGAAAGGGCCUGUGGUGAGGUUUCUCGCCUGAGGCUUUUAGGGGAUCAUGUGCAUUCGACGCGUAUAGCUUUUGUUGAAUUUGCAAUGGCAGAAAGUGCCAUUGUUGCGCUGAAUUGUAGUGGGCUGGUCUUGGGGACCCAACCCAUCAGGGUCAGUCCUUCAAAGACACCAGUGAGGCCACGGGUCCCUCGUGCAACGUUGCAUUAGCUAAUUAUCAGAGUAUAAACCUGCGGAUGGAAUUUGGUGUAACUUCCUGUUGAGAAAGACUUUGUUGUGUUGAAGGGGUGGUGAAACUUCCUUUUGUUUCAUUAUUUCCAUCUUUUCGGGUAGCAACAGUAACUUUUCUGCGAGUGAACUUAUCGUGACUUGUCUUGAUCUCGAGUAUUUUUACCUUGUUCCAUCCCUUUGUUUUCUUAGUGUCAUCUAUUUACUUUGAUAGUGUCCUUAAUUCUACCGUGCUGAUCGUGAGAGCGAGAAAUCGCUUAUAAUGGAGAGGUAAAUCAAAGUUAAAGUAGCAUUUGAUAUCCAUUUAACGGUACAUUAUUGUUGCAAUAGGCCGUCAAAAUAUGCCCUUUACUUACCAUCCAUGGUGGUGAGGGUUCACAAGAGGUCACACACUAGUGGUCUUGAGGAGCACCGGGGCACGAAAAAGUUUGUUCUGAGGAUCUGAUGUUUCUUUCUUUUAAUAGGAUGAUGAUGCUGGGGCCAAUAAUGAGUUGUGGUGGACAGCAGCAGGAUGUUGGUAGGUUUAUGAAAAUAGGGACUAGCUGUGUUGGAUUUUCAUUAACCUUUAUUUACAAUCUUAGUUAGCAGUUUCAUAAAAUUAGAAUAGUGAGCGAGUCAUCUGUUGUAUUCACUAUUCACAGAGGAGGAAAUUUUUUUUGAGGAAGAGAAUAAUCGCCUAUCUAUGUACGUGUGUAUGUUCAGUCAGGGAGAAAGAAAAGUUGGAGUUGGAGAGGAAGAUUGCAGAAAAUGGAAGACAUGGGGACGUGGUAAGAGGCAAUUGAGUUGUGAAUGGUGUUGAAUGUUUCACACUCGUCAUCUCGGCCUUGUCCUCAUUAUGAGAUCCAAAUUAGGUCUACUUUGCUCUUUGUAUAUUUAUUUAAGUGAUGGUUUUUAUUAUAAAAUUAUUCCACGAC